AUGCUCUUUUUUUCUCUUCUUCCUUCAUUUCCUCUUUUUCUUUCCUUUCUGAUUUCUUUCUGUCUUUUCCAUUUUCUUUUCCUCUUUUCUUCUUUCCUUCUUUUCCUCCUUCUUUCCUCAUCACCUUUCAUCUUUUCUUCUUUCCCUUUUCCUUUUCUUCCUUAUUUCCUUCCUUACUUUCUUCUUUCAUUUCCUCCUCCCCAUUAUUUUCUUUUUCUUUCUUUUAUUCUUUCUUCCUUACUUUUUCUUACGCAUUGCUUCCGUUUCUUCUCUCCCCCACCUUUUUCUUCCUCCUUUUCUCUAUUCCUCUCUUUUCUUCUCUUAAUUCAUUCUUUUUUUUUCUCCUUUUCUCUGAUAUUUAUCUUUUCAUUUUCUCUCGUUCAUUCCUUUCUGUUAUUCCUCCCUCCAUUCCUCCAUACUUUCUCUCCACCUCCCCCAUUCGUCCUGUACUUCUUUCUUCCUCUUUUCCUUUUUCUCUCUAUUUAA